UCGUCCACUUCGACGCAACAGAACUUCCAAGUCAUCAAGUGUCAAGGAAGCAUAUGGAUGAAAAAUACGACGACCCAUGACUCGGCACUCGUUGAGGACUGCCAUCAUCUACAACGUAACAUUGCAAAGGACGGUGAGUGGAGGACUAUGUCGAGCCGCCACCGCAAUCUUGCAACGUAUGGCACCUGUGUCUUUGGAGUCUGGGGCUUCGACGGCCUCGACAUCUUUAAAGUCGGGAAUGACGACAUCAUUGACCGAAUUGACGAGGCCGUCGCCGAGUUCGCAUUGCAAGAUGCCGACGGGAACUACCACGUUGGAGCAGAGGGCGAAUUCUGGUGCGACAGCCUGAUGAGCUGGCAGGAUGGGGUUAUCUGGGGCAUUUAC